AUGGAUUAUGACCUUCCAGAUGAAGGGAUAGAGGCCUUCCACUGGCUGUACGAAAGACUAUCCUCUUACCUGGUAGAAAAAGAGGCCUAUGAUUGUGUCGCGACCUUGGAAAUUGUCAACGAGGAAUUCUCUGACCAAGAAAAAGAAGACAAAGAAGAGAUUCAGCUGGCUCCAGCAACGCUGGAUGACACCCCUCCGAAGAGAGCCAUGAACCUGAUUUUCCACGACUUUCUGGGGAAGAUUUCAGAGGUUUACAUUGAUGAUGUGGUCGUUAAGUCUAAGCAGCUUGGGGAUCACAUCACAGAUCUCAGGAAAGUCUUCAAGCGAAUGCGGCUGCACAAGCUCAAGAUGAACCCCGCCAAGUGCGUUUUCGGAGUUCAAGCAGGAGAUUUUCUGGGCUUCAUCGUCCAUCAAAGAGGGAUUGAGGUCCUUGAGAAUAAGGGAAGCGCAGUCAUCAACGCCUCUUCCCCGCACACAAAGAAAGAGUUACAAUGA